AUGGAGAGACUUUUUCGGAGUACAGUUAAAUCACCCCGCAGCUCCCCAGAGACCAGUGGCAUCGAGUCUAUCCCAGAGGGGGCUAGCGACUACUCCAAUCUACCGAGUUGUGGAGAGUGGAAUUGUCGAAUGCCUGCAGACGCCAGGCCUUUGUGUCCUAAUUACGGUCCAGUCUUUCCCAAUGAUGAGGUAAACCAGAAGAAUGACCUCACUUGCCUGGCCUCCUAUCAACAGAUGGCUUCCUCCAGAGAGGUUACCGGCAGCCUAGACCAGACAGUCGGUCUUUUCCCAUUUGCUUGGUCGAAAGAGCCACCUGGUAAAGGCUUCACUACAAAGUCUGGUACAGUUCGCUCCGAUUCAGUUGCCGACGUUGUGGCUGAAGUGAAAAGGCACCGAAGCAACGGGACCCACUGUUUUUCACGAUUUAAUAGCCAUUCGAUCGGUUUGACGCGUCGAGAACAGUUGAGAAAACGGCAUGAAAGGUGA